GACACAGUCACACAGUAUUCAGAGCUGUACCACGACUUCACCACUACACAAGUGGGGAUGCAUGACGUAGUCCGCAGCUUCCGGCAGACCUUGGACAAAUAUAGCACAGAGCCUGGAAGAUACAGGUUCAUGGGGACUGAAGCCUAUGGAGAGAGCAUUGACAAGACCAUGAUGUACUAUGGGUUGCCUUUUAUCCAAGAAGCAGAUUUUCCCAUCAACAGUUACCUCAGCAUGGUCGACUCUCCUGGAAACAAUGUGUCUAAAGUUAUCACAUCCUGGAUGGAAAAUAUGCCAGAAGGAAAAUGGCCUAAUUGGAUGAUUGGCGGACCAGACAGUACCCGGCUGACUUCUCGUUUGGGGAAAGACUAUGUCAACAUCAUGAACAUGCUUCUCUUCACACUCCCUGGAACUCCCAUAACUUACUAUGGGGAAGAAAUAGGAAUGGGAAAUAUCGAACCCAUAAAGCUCAACGAAAGCUAUGAUGGUAAUACACUUUUUUCAAAGUCACCGAUGCAGUGGGACAACAGUUCAAAUGCUGGCUUUUCUGAAGGCAAUCACACCUGGUUACCCCCCACUUCAGAUUACCACACUGUGAAUGUUGAUGUACAAAAGAGUCAGUCCACAUCAGCACUGAAUUUAUAUCAAGAAUUGAGUUUGCUUCGUGCUAAUGAGCUACUCCUUAACAGGGGCUGGUUUUGCUACUUGAGGAAUGACUAUGACUCUGUCAUGUACACGAGAGAGUUCGAUGGCAUAGACACAGUCUUUCUUGUGGUUCUGAAUUUUGGAGAAUAUUCACUGUUAAAUCUAAAGGAAAUUAUUUCAAAUAUUCCCACGCAAGUGAAGAUAAGAUUAAGUACCAAUCCUGACCACAAAGGCACUGUAGUUGAGACGCCUGCCGUCAAACUGAACAAGGGAGAGGGACUCAUUCUUGAAUACAAGACGAAGAACCCCCUUCAUGGCCAAACGGCUUUCAGAGACAGAUGUUUUGUUUCCAAUUGGGCAUGCUAUUCCAGUGUGUUCAACAUACUGUACAGCUCGUGUUAGGCACCUCUACAAAAAAGAUGAAGACACUGGAGUCCUCUCCUAUUACAGGCAUUUGCAGUAACUUCAUGUGUAACAUGCUGCUGGGUAAACUUUAUGAAUAGUCAUUCUUAGAUGUUUCUGUAGCUUGAAUGUAACUGCUUUAGGUAAGGUUCGGAAAUGUUUUUACAAAGAAUAUUAAAAUCUUCAACAGAAAAUUAUUACCUGGAAGAACUUGUAACUUUUUUGAGAUAGCAUCAAUAAGAGAUGAGCAGAAUGCCUUAGGACCCAGGUUAGUUGGAUGGAUUUUAACGUGAAGAAUGUUCUUUUUUCCAUAAAAUGCAUAAAAUGGAAGAUCACUUAUUUUGACACUUCAGUAAAAGUGUCAAAAAUGUUUACUAGCCAAGAAGCAGGACUUUGAUUUGUAAACUGUUCAAAAGAAAUCUAAGUAAAACAGA